AUUAGCGAUGAAGCUACCAGUCGACACAUUCACUGCUCUCACAAGUCGCAGUGAGGAGCCUAUUAAUCGCAAUUUGCAACCAGUAAUAUGAACAGGAUACUCGUUGCAAUUCUGAGCUUAUUGUUCUUCGUAUUAUCUUACGAAGGUACAUAUGCAUUCUUCAACGUAUAUCCGAAACUCAAAGAAUAUCCUCUCGCUGACGGAGAGGAUCCUGGUACACCGCUUUUCCUGACACCUUUGAUAGAAAAUGGAGAAAUUCAAGAGGCGCGAACGAAGGCUCUCGUUCAACAUAAGGAUAUGGGCAAUGUUAUCAGUUACUCGGGUUAUUUCACAGUUAAUAAAAAAUAUAAUUCGAAUCUUUUCUUCUGGUUCUUCCCAGCUAUGAAUAAUCCAGAAACUGCACCAGUAGUUUUAUGGCUACAAGGUGGACCAGGUGGGACAUCCUUGGCUGGCCUUUUUUUGGAAAAUGGCCCAUUCAUUGUAACUGCUAAUAAAACUUUAAAGAUGCGACAAUAUUCAUGGACCUUGGAACACAAUGUAAUAUAUAUUGAUAAUCCGGUUGGUACUGGUUAUAGUUUUACUGAUAACAAGAAGGGAUAUGCCAGAAAUGAAGUAGAAGUAGGGAGAAAUCUUCAUACUGCUUUGGUACAAUUUUUCCUAUUAUUCCCAGAGUUACAAAAUAAUGAUUUCUUUGUCACUGGUGAGUCAUAUGCUGGGAAGUAUGUGCCAGCAGUGUCUCAUGCCAUUAAAAAUCAUAAUAUCAAAGCAAAAACAAAAAUUAACUUGAAAGGUCUAGCUAUUGGUGAUGGAUUAAGUGAUCCAGAAAACCAAUUACAAUAUGGCGAUUAUUUGUAUCAAAUCGGCCUGAUAGAUCAAAAUGGAAAGGCCGAAUAUCAAAAAUACGAACGAAAAGCCCGUGAGUAUAUUAAGCAAAAAAAAUUCGUCCAAGCAGAUGAGAUUUUUAAUAUACUCGUUAAUUCUGAUCCAAAUUCUCUGUUUUAUAAUUUAACUGGUUUUACAUAUUAUUAUAACUACUUAAAAGCAAAAGACCAUAGUAAUGAUUCUGAUUGGAUGUCCGAGUACAUUCAAAGAGUUGAUGUAAGAUCUGCUAUACAUGUGGGUAGUAAUAGUUUUCAUUACAUAGCUGACAUUGUCCAAGAAUAUCUAAUAAAAGACGAAGUGCAAUCUGUAAUAGGCUAUUUAGAAGAUCUUGUGGAACAUUACAAAGUACUCGUCUAUAAUGGACAAUUGGAUAUCAUUGUAGCAUAUCCACUCACUGAGAAUUAUAUACAGAAGAUGAAGUGGUCAGGGGCAUACAAAUUUGCAAAAGCACCGAGAAAAUUGUGGAUGGUCGGAAACGAUUUAGCAGGCUAUGCAAAAUCAGUUGACAAUUUAACAGAGGUUCUUGUGCGAAAUGCAGGCCAUAUGGUUCCUUAUGAUCAACCAAAAUGGGCAUUAGAUCUAAUUACCCGUUUCACACACAAUAAGGGAUUUUAAAUGAUUAUCUGUUAUUACAGGAUACAUAUGUUAAAAAAGCUACAGAUUUCAAUAAUACAUAUAAAUAGGUUUAUGUAUUAAAUAUAUCAAUAUAAGACGAUAUCUCAAUAAUAUUUAAAAUAUUCCAAAAAGUUUUAUGAAGUCAAAGAUGAAUACAAUAGAUUGAUGUAAUAAAAAUUAAUAAAUUUAUUUUUAAAAAA